ACAUCCGUGGUUUUCCAAAAUAUUUCACCCUCCCUCUGCUUUUCUGACAAGAAAGUUGCUGAGUUUUGCCCUGCAAAUGUUUCUGUGGAAGCAUAUGGUGUCUAAAGUGGUGCACUGAAGGACAACAUACUCACUGAAAGUCUGUUAGGGAUUAUUCAGAUCUCAUUAAGUUUAGAAAAGUGCAAACAUUUCACCACAGUCAUUUUGGACAACCAUAAGAGUUGGGUGCUCACUGUUGGGGUUUACAACUGGGAAACAUGGACCCUCCAACGGGGCCGACGAUGGGCCCUUAUGACUACGACAUGCUGGUUAUUGGAGGGGGGGCAGGGGGUCUGGCUGUGGCAAAGGAGGCUGCAGGGCUGAGGCAAAAGGUGUUGAUCCUCGACCUCCUGACUCCCUCAGUAAGAGGCUCAGAGAGAGAGCUGGGAGGCUCCAGUGUCAACAUCGACAGCAUCAGGAAGUUCCUACAACAGGCAUCUCUGCUGGGGAAAGCUCUCCAAGACUCCCAGAAAUAUGGCUGGAAGUUGAAAGAGAAUGUGCCUCAUGGCUGGAGCGAGCUGGUGGGGGCGGUGCAGCAGACGGUGCAGACUCGCAGCCAGGAGCUGAAGAGGGAGCUGAAGAACGUUGGAGUGUUCUACCUCAGAGCUCACGGAAAGCUGGUGGAGCCCCACACUGUAGAGGUGACGGAAGUGGACGGGAAGCAGAGGCGUCUGAAAGCAGAGAUCAUUGUCAUCGCUACGGGAGACAGACCUGAGUAUCUGGACAUACCUGGGGUCAGAGAGCACUGCGUAACCAGUGAGGACCUCCUCUCCCUGCCUCACCCUCCAGGUAGUACCCUGGUGGUAGGCAGGUCUCCUGAGGGGUUGGAGCUCGCCGACAUCCUGUUCGGCCUCGGACUGCCGGUCACCGUCCUGCAGCAGCCGGCCCCCGUCCUGCAGCAGCCGGCCCUGCAGCAGCCGGCCCUGCAGCAGCCGGCCCUGCAGCAGCCGGCCCUGCAGCAGCCGGCCCUGCAGCAGCCGGCCCUGCAGCAGCCGGCCCUGCAGCACGGGUUUGAUGAGAAGAUGGCAGAGAUGAUCGAUAACCACCUGCUCGUCAGCGGAGUGCACACUCUGCAGAACUGCUCACUCGUCAAGGUGGAGACGACUGAAGCUAAGGAGGACCUCGCAGGUGGUUCUGCAACAACGACCCAGCAGUCUUCCAAGGGACGACUUCGAGUGACCGUCCUCACCGCACAAGGCCAGACUGAGCAGACGGACUUUGACACGGUGCUGCUCACCGCUGGACGAAAAGCCUCCACUCGCGACAUGGGUCUGGAGUGUGUUGGCGUGCAGUGCAGCCAAGACACUGGAAAGAUCCUGGUGAACGAGAGGGAUCAGACCAGUGUGGAUCAUAUUUACGCCGUCGGAUCGGUGCAGCAUGGACGCCCCUCCACCACUGGCCUCUCAGUGCAUGCUGGGACGCUGCUGGCCCGUCGGCUCUUCAUAGAGGACAGCACCUUGUGCGAUUACACCAAUGUGCCCACUGUUGUGCUGACUCAAAUGGAGUAUGCUUUCUGUGGUCUGACUGAGGAGAAGGCCAACGCAACAUUUGGAGAAGACAGUGUUGAGGUGUAUCACAGCUACUACUGGCCGCUGGAGUGGGAGCUUCCUGCCAGGAAUAAAUACUCCUGCUACGUGAAAGUCAUCUGCCACAUCCCUGACCAGGAGCGAGUGCUCGGGGUCCAUAUCAUGGGCCCCAACGCUGGAGACAUCCUCCAAGGCUUCGUCGCAGCGAUGAAAUGCGGACUCACCAAACAACAGCUGGACGUCACCGUGGGCCUCCAACCCGGGUCCGCCCAGGUGUUCAGCUCUUUGACGGAAACCCAGCGCAUGUCUGAGGCCUUGAUGAUGAGAGGGAACUGCUGAGGUUAGCCCCCUGCUGUCAAUCACAGUUGCCCAUAGCAACAGUGUAAAACAGCAGGGAUGUGCUUGACGUGUAACGGCGGCGGGACGGUUGUCUCCCCAUCCCAUGACGUCCUCACCUGCAGCCUGUUCCUGCAGGCGGGCGAGGACUGAUGCUGCGGCCGACACACGUGCCGUUUAGGUUUGCUUACAUUUUUCCGAAUCACUGGCCUCGUGCAUAACUUUGAAAUACGGCCCAUUGAUUCGCUUCAAAUUUAAGGAAGAUAAAGGAGCUCCCCGCGGUUCAGCCUGAAAGUCUCUGUAAGCUUUAGUAGUUCCUACAGGCUGCAGCAGAGUGAUAAGGCUCCAGGAUUGGAUGUAUUUAAAUGGAGUUAAAGCUCAGGAUUAUUCUCUUUCUAUGGCGCUGGUUUUACAGCCUUAUUUUCAUGUAAUGAACUCGAAGGGGAUUAUGGAAUUACCCAAAUAAAUACUGUUUAUUGGCGAGAGCUCUCACUUUAAUUUAUGCAUAUGGUGUUUUUAUUGAGACAUUAGGCCGGCGUUUGUGAUUCCCUCUUUUGUUUGCUCUGCCUCUUCUAUAUUCUCUCCCUGCCUCUGAGCAUAGUCUUAAAACAACAGUUAAAUAUUCAUGUGGAGCAUUAAACAAAGUGUCUCAUACAAACUAAGGCGGCUCUGGAUGAGGAUAUUUCUUAAAAGCAUGACUCUGGGAAGUUUCACCUCAUCUGUAUACGCCUUUGGUUUGCCCCGUGCAAGGACGUCAUCUGUAUUCUUUGUGUGCAGCCCAUUCAUCCCAUGUCUGUGCCUGUUCGCCCUGUCGCUUGCUUAACAUUUCGGCACAUUUUUUAAGAGUUUAUCCUCCAGACCACCUUCUGAUUCACUUUGGCUUUUUAUGCAUCUUCAGCUUUGUCUUCAAAUUCUCAGGAAAACUAACCAAAAAAAAUCAAUCAAAAAAACAAUUGAUCAAUCAAAAUAAUUCUCAGAAAAAGAUUCAAAUUCUGUCUCAAAUACCAAAACAAUCAAAUAUAAUCCUCAACAAAUCUUGAAUGCACAUUGAAACAGAGUCCAAAUACCAACAAAAAGCACCCUUAAAUCUUCUCUUAACCUCCAAAAUAAUUGGUUCUAUUUAUCUGUACGUCCUGCAAUUUCUCACCAUCUCUGCCGUUAGAUGCACCUUUUUUAUUUGUUUACCCUCCAGACCACCUUCUGAUUCUCUGACCUGCUUGUAAGACGGAUAACCUAAUUACAAAGAGUGCAGCUUCUUUCAGCGUGUGCAUGAAACAGCCAUUAGUGCGUAAUUUGAUGACUGCCGUGCAAGGUUAAGACGCCGCUUGGAGGUCUACCUAUCAAUCACUGCCUUGCUCUUGGACCUCGUUCACCAGGGAGUCCUGUAGCACCACUAGAUGGCACCGUGGCUGUGUGAGGGAUAGGGAAUGUGGGAAAUAAAUAAACAUAAAGCAAUGUGUGGGUUAAUGAAA